AGCUCGUAGCUUUUCUCCAACAACAGUAAGCCCUCAUAUAAUUUAUUAAGUUUAAAGCUACAGAAAUUUCCCUAUGCCGGUAUUUCUAACGCCAGUUAUUCAAUCCAACGAGACAAACUCAAGAGCCAGCAAUCUAGUCCCUUCAUCAGCUUGAAACAAAGUUCAAACUCCAAACUUGUCCAGAUUAUUUUGAAUUUCCCUGCCGCGAACACUGUUCCACUGCAUAAAACCAAAUGAACCCAACUAGGAAGAGACCAUCUCCGUACGCCAAGUGGCCAAAUGACCACCUUUCCCUUACUUCGUGAGUCACGCCCCCGUCCAAACGCGCCGCUUAAAUUUCUCCCCUUGAAGCGUCCAAUACUACCGUAUGCUCCCUUCUUUAAAACAACCGGACAAAAUACACAGCGGUCCAGCCUAUUUGAAACUUUGAAAUCUCCCUUCCCUCCCACCUCCUCCUCUCCAUGCUGCCUCCAUUGCAAGAUACAUAGAAAGCUAGCCACUUAGCCAGCCAUGGGUUGCGUCUCCUCCACCUUCCUCGAAGACGAGGACCGCAUCGUCGGCGGCCCUACCAUCGGCCACCACAUCGUCUCCCUCACCUCCACCACCUACGGCCACCUCACCACCCUCGACCAACCUCCUCCCCAAACCCCUCCACCACCACCACCACCACCACCUCCUCCACCGCCGUCUCCCCCCUCCUUCACCCGCCGCUUCCUCCCCAUCCCCCGCUCCGAGCCUGAGGUCAUCAACUCCUGGGAGCUCAUGGCCGGCCUCGACCCCACCACACCCACCAAGCCCCCCCUCCCCCCCUCCCCAAGUCCGUGCAAGGAGAACUCCCACCGGUCCCUCCCUUUCUCCGAUCCACAGCGGAAGGGAAACGUCCUCCGGCCGCUCAACGCCGGCCAGCGGCCGGUGAGGUACUCGCUGGAGAUGUUCGAGAAGAGGUGCCCGCCAGGCGGGGCGCAGGUGGCGGUGCUGUACACGACGACGCUGCGCGGGGUGCGGAAGACGUUUGAGGACUGCAACGCGGUGCGUGCGGCUGUGGAGGAGCUCGGGGUGUGGGUCCGGGAGCGGGACGUGUCGAUGGACAUGGGAUUCCGGGAGGAGCUCCGGGAGCUGAUGAAGGGGUGUGGAGUUCAGGGGCCGGCGGUGCCGAGGCUGUUUGUGAAGGGGAGGGACAUCGGCGGGGCGGAGGCGGUGCUGAGAAUCCAUGAGGAAGGCGGGCUGGCGGGUUUGCUGGCGGGGCUGCCGAUGGCGCCUCGCGGCGGGGUCUGCGACGGAUGCGGCGGGGUGAGGUUUCUACCGUGCUUCCAGUGCCGCGGAAGCCGGAAGGUGGUGGUGGUGGCGGUGGCGGCGGCGGAGAAGGAGGAGGAGGAGAAGGAAGGGGUGCAGGGUGGUGGAGGGAACCCUGGGAAGGGGAAGGUUGUGAGAUGUACUGAGUGUAAUGAGAACGGUUUGGUGCUCUGCCCCAUCUGCUACUGAUUUUUUCCUUCUUUUUUUUAUACCUUUUUUUUUUGAAUUUUGUCAGGUUUUGGGAAAGGAAUAUAAUAAUGGAGAAUGUGAAUGAGCCGAUGACUCUCUUUUUUA